UCUGUGGCAUCUACUUCUUCUUCUGUUGUGAGGACUUUGUUGCACCAGUCUUUGUUCUCUGGGCUCGAGUUCUUCCGGGGUCUGUGAUGUUUUCUCCCUCCUCUUCUUUGCCGUCCCCGUCGGACGGCCUUGUCACUAAAAAAGGCACCGUAGUGGCUUGUUUGGAUGAUGAUCCUGAUGCUCUCAUUUUAUUCGGCUCCGAAGCAACUUCCAGAUUCUCAGAGGCUAUCUAUAAGAAGAAGUACGGCCCCAUCUAUAAAAGUUCCUUUGGCGCGUAUAAAACUGUGAAUAUCGCUGAUGUGGAUCUCCUGGAGACCUUGCUGCGCCAGGAGGGGAAGUAUCCAAUGAGAAGUGACAUGGAGCUAUGGAAAGUCCAUCGGCGGCUCCGAGACCUGGCUCUGGGCCCUUUUACUGAGGAAGGUCACCGCUGGCAUACGCUCCGUUCUGUCCUGAAUAAGCGGAUGCUGAAGCCGGCUGAGGCGGUGCUGUACACCGGGGCAGUGAAUGAAGUGGUCACAGAUUUUUUGGACACCCUGGACAAUGUCAGGAAGGAAUCUCCCUCGGGGGUCAUGGUCAACGACAUUGCAAGCAUUUUUUAUAGGUUUGCCUUUGAAGGAAUUUCCUACAUUCUCUUUGAGACUCGUAUCGGCUGCUUAGAGAAGAACAUUCCUCUGGAGACCAAGAAAUUCAUUGACUCUAUAGGAAAUAUGCUGAAAUAUUCCGUUUUUGUCUCCAUUUUACCUCCAUGGACCAAUGAUAUUCUCCCCUACUACAAAUUGUACAUCGAAUACUGGGACAACAUCUUUGCAUUUGGAAACAAACUGAUCGACCAGAAGAUGCAGAAGAUCCAGGAGAAGCUGGAGCGCGGUGAGGAGGUGCAGGGCGAGUACCUGACCUAUCUGCUGUCCAGCGGUAAACUGAACAUGAAGGAGGUGUACGGCAGCGUGGCUGAGCUACUAUUGGCCGGAGUGGACACGACGUCAAACACCUUGUCGUGGGCCCUGUAUCACCUUGCAAGAGACCCGCAAACUCAGCAAUCUUUGUAUGAGGAGGUGGGCGCCAUUGUUCCUGGAGAAGCGAUCCCCACUGCUGAGGAUAUCGCCAAGAUGCCGCUGUUGAAGGCAGUCAUUAAAGAAAUACUGCGGAUGUAUCCAGUUGUGCCGACUAAUUCUAGAGUAGCUGCUGAGAAGGAGAUCAUCAUUGGAGAUUAUUUCUUCCCCAAAGACACGCUGUUUGCCUUGUUUCAUUAUGUUAUAUCUCGAGAUGAGAAUAAUUUUCCAGAGCCAAACAAGUUCAUCCCUCAGCGCUGGUUCCGAGACUAUAAGCUAAAGAAUAACCCAUUCAGCUCCAUCCCUUUUGGAUACGGCAUUAGGGCUUGUGUGGGGCGGCGGAUUGCUGAACUGGAGAUGCAUUUGGCCUUGUCGCGGAUUAUUAAGAAGUAUGAGAUCCGACAAGGUCCUCAGGGUGGAGACAUCACAGCGAUGGCCAGAAUUGUUCUAACUCCAAGUAAACCCAUAAAUCUUCAGUUUUUGGAAAGAGAGUCUUCAUUAUGACCAGAGCUGGCAGCGACAGUAAAGCGCAGACUUACCGUAAGAUUUCCUCUGGGCCGCACACCUGACAGUAGGGAGGAGUCAAAUGAUGUCACAUGCUACAAGUCAAGCAUUUUGUAGCCUAAAAAAUUAUUUUUACAUUUAAAAAAAUAAAACAAUUUCUAUAUUG